AUGUUGCCUUGCGACAUUUUGAUUCAAGGUUCCACUAGUCUAGGUGUUAGUUUCAAAGAUAGCGAUGUUGAUGCUGUACUUAUCACUCCCAAUUUUGUGUUUCGCGAAGACUUCUUUACAUCGUUUGUUGUAGUCUUGCGCCAAUGUAGUUGUGUUUCAGAUUUGUUAGUUAUAUCCGAUUCAAUUGUUCCACUAAUCAAGAUGAAAUUCGAAACGACAUCCGUUGAUUUGGUUAUGAGUCGAUUUAAUUUACCGUCAGUACCUUCUUACAUAACGUUCGAUAUGGAUCCAGAAAGAUUUUAUUUCAAUAUUGAUCAAUACUCCGUUCAUGGUUUAUCUGGAUGUCACUUUGCCGAGAAAAUUAGAACCCUUGUUCCGAAUAUGCCAGUCUUCCUGGAGUUACUAAAAAUUAUAAAGGUAUGGGCGCAUAGAAGACAAAUUUCUCAUAAUGUGUACGGAUUCCCUUCAAAUAUCGGCUGGGUUAUUAUGUGUGCGUAUUUGUGUAUUCAUCUUGGAAAAGGCUGUGAUAUGGAAAGUGUUCCGCUGAUCUUUUUGGUCAAGAUGUUCUUUAAUUACUUUGCUAACUGGCAGUGGCCCUCACCUGUUACCAUCGCUCCAUUUUAUACGACUCGUGAAUUGAAACUCUACUCAUGGGAGCCAAAACUAGUGCCUCAGGAUACAAUGCCUAUUAUAACUCCAGUAUAUCCCCACCAAAAUGCAUCUUAUCUCGUUCGGCCUUCCACACUCGAAAUGGUUGUCAAUGAAUUGAAAAGAGGUGGUGAAAUCCUGACUGACAUUACACUUGGAAAAGCCUGUUGGGAAGAUCUUUUCGCACCUUACGAAAUCGUCGAAGGAUACAAGCAUUUUCUGAAGUUCGAACUGUCUCUAAACACUUUUGAAGAAUUGAAACGAAUUGGCGGACUUGUUGAUUCGCGUUUGAGAGAACUUGCAGCUUUACUAGAAGGUGACAAAGACAUACAGGCUGUUCGAAUUGCAAAAUAUCAGCAACCAAGGAGAGUGCUCGUUGUAUCAGAAUCACCAUCGAAGUUAAAUGAAGAACGUUACAAAUUUGAACGCUCAUGGCUAUUGGGGUUGCAGAUAAACAGAAUACUUCCCACGGAAAAUGAUUCAAAAAAGGAACAAAUUAUUGACAUUACGAACUAUAUCCAAAUGUUCUACCUCAAUCUCCAGGACAGGGAAUCUCAUGUCAAUUUCAUUGAAAUACUCAAGCCAAGCUACGUCAAACAGUUAAAGCGACCUGAUUGUUGA